AUGUCCUAUACCAUGGAGAGGACAGACCAUGGAGACAGACCAUGGAGACAGACCAUGGAGAGGACAGACCAUGGAGAGGACAGACCAUGGAGAGGACAGACCAUGGAGAGGACAGACCAUGGAGACAGACCAUGGAGACAGACCAUGGAGAGGACAGACCAUGGAGACAGACCAUGGAGACAAGACCAUGGAGACAGACCAUGGAGACAGACCAUGGAGACAGACCAUGGAGAGGACAGACCAUGGAGAGGACAGACCAUGGAGACAGACCAUGGAGACAGACCAUGGAGACAGACCAUGGAGACAGACCAUGGAGACAGACCAUGGAGAGGACAGACCAUGGAGACAGACCAUGGAGACAGACCAUGGAGAGGACAGACCAUGGAGAGGACAGACCAUGGAGACAGACCAUGGAGACAGACCAUGGAGACAGACCAUGGAGACAGACCAUGGAGACAGACCAUGGAGAGGACAGACCAUGGAGAGGACAGACCAUGGAGACAGACCAUGGAGACAGACCAUGGAGACAGACCAUGGAGACAGACCAUGGAGACAGACCAUGGAGACAGACCAUGGAGACAGACCAUGGAGAGGACAGACCAUGGAGACAGACCAUGGAGACAGACCAUGGAGACAGACCAUGGAGAGGACAGACCAUGGAGACAGACCAUGGAGACAGACCAUGGAGAGACAGACCAUGGAGAGGACAGACCAUGGAGAGGACAGACCAUGGAGACAGACCAUGGAGACAGACCAUGGAGACAGACCAUGGAGAGGACAGACCAUGGAGACAGACCAUGGAGAGGACAGACCAUGGAGACAGACCAUGGAGAGGACAGACCAUGGAGACAGACCAUGGAGAGGACAGACCAUGGAGACAGACCAUGGGGAGGACAGACCAUGGAGACAGACCAUGGGGAGGACAGACCAUGGAGACAGACCAUGGGGAGGACAGACCAUGAAGACAGACCAUGGAGACAGACCAUUAAAAAGAGUGAACAUUAA